UGGAGCAGAAUGUCCUCCGCCUAAGUCGUCCGCAGGGGCGGAUCUACCCUUACAAAAUUUACUUCCCUUACAAUUAUUUCCAAAUUUACUAUUUUCCCCUUGGCGUUUGCGGAAACCGAGAAGCAGGAGCACCCGCUGCACCGCCAAAGUGCCGAACACUGGAAGUGGAAUCCGAACAGGAGCACCCGCUGCACCGCCGUCGCGCGUCCGCCGCGUAGCCGCCAGUCCGCCACAUCUUAGAAUCCUUCCAUCAAGUAUCACACAACAGUAGAAUCGCACAAGCAUCCAGACCAAAAUGAUCGGCUUGCCAAGUUCGGGUUUCUGCUUAACUGUGAUUUGGGUACCUACCCCUUCCUGUAUCAAGAAGAAUCAAAGCAUCAAUCUUGCCAUUUCCUCGCGAUCAAUGCCCAGCAAGAUUGAAGCUACUAAGAGAAGUUGCGAAUGCUAUGACAUGCAUAAAGAGCUUGUACCAUAUGCUCAGGCCUGGGAUCUACAGAAGUCUAUUGUCACUGAACGAAAAGCAUUGGUCCAAAGAAAUGAAGAUUCUGCAGACAAUCUGAUUGUGUUGCAGCACCAUCCAGUGUAUACUCUUGGGACUGGCGGGUCUGAAGACUACUUGCAUUUCGAUACCAAAAAUGCUCCUUUCAAUGUGUACCGAACUGAACGCGGGGGUGAGGUUACCUAUCAUGGCCCCGGUCAGAUAGUGAUGUACCCUAUUAUGAACCUUCGUUAUCAAAAGAUGGACCUUCAUUGGUACCUCAGGACACUUGAAGAGGUGAUAAUCCGGGCUCUCUCCUCCUCUUUUUCCAUCAAAGCUUCACGCAUUGAUGGCUUGACUGGUGUUUGGAUUGGAGAUGAGAAACUGGCUGCGAUUGGUGUUAAGGUUUCUCAAUGGAUAACGUCCCAUGGAUUAGCACUUAAUGUCACAACAGACUUAGCUGCCUUUCAACACAUUGUGCCUUGUGGAAUCAAAGGUCGUCGAGUUGGUAGCAUAAAGGAGAUUCUUCUGAGAGAAUCUUCUUCUUCCUCUUACUCAUCUUGCAAUAAAACUGAUGAUGAUCUUCAGCUAAUAGAGCUUGCUCAUAAGUCACUUGCUCAAGAGUUUUGUGAACUUUUCCAGGUUGAUAUUUUUAUAAAUAAUGAUAAUUAUAAUACUCAUAAUUCAUUUUGGGAAGGCUAAUUCUUAACAUUUUUGCAAUUCAAUGCAAUAUUUCAAAGUGGUUAUUUUCUCAGAUAUUGCUAAUAAGUGUAUCAUUUGUUUAUCUUAUUGUUCUAUUCCCUUGCAGUUAUGGAUUGAUUAGUCCUGUAGGGCAGUCCCUAUUUGCAGGCUCAAAUCUUCAUUUAAUAGAAGCGAACUCAAAAG